GAAUCAGUAAGUCACAUAUACGUCUAUUCGCAAGAAAAGAAGUAAGGUGCAAAUGUUUUCCCAACAAAAUUCAAACGCGCAUAAUAUUUUUUGUGAGCGAGCCCUAAAGGAUUUGAAUAUCUUACUGGGUAAUGCUGCCCCUCCUGAUAGUAAGGUAAUCGUAUUUCUCGAUAAAAAUAUAUACCUAGCAUUAGAGAGGAUGAAUAUUCUUGCCAAUGCUGCAAUUGGGAGGAAAAAUUUGGUAGGUUUUUUCCGAUUCCAAGAAAAUGUUGAUUACCUCUUUGCACAGUACGUUAUUUAUUUCCUUACUCCUGAUGUUGAAAAGUUGCGUACAUUUGUUAUACACCUUUUAUCAUAUACGCAUCAUUUUCCUAAAGCUGUUCCUCAUGUUUAUUUCGUGCCACAAAAACCUUUGAUGAUUGAAAAAAUUCUUGAGGGCGAUUUUAAGCUAAAAGAAACGUUUUCUCAAUUGAAGAUAGGCGAAUUUGAUUUUGACAUCAUAUCGUUAGUCGAGGACCUUUUUUCAAUGGAGCAGCCCCUUGUGUUCAAACAUUUAUUUAUUGAUAGAGACACAACUAGCCUGAAGUGGAUUGCUCGACUUCUCCUUAAAUUGCAAAGUUCUCACUUCGGUGCAAUUCCCAUAAUUCGUGGCAAGGGUCGGAACGCUGCUCGAGUUGUGAAUAUACUCGAACGCAUGCAGGACGAAGUUGGUCAAGAGUUUUUAAACAACAUUCCUUCCGAAGUUGAAGCAUUAUAUAUUGUUGACCGUACUAUUGAUCUAGUCACUCCUUUGAUGACACAGUUGACAUACGAAGGGUUGAUUGACGAGUUUUAUGAUAUUUCUUGUGGUGAGGUGACGUUUCCUUUUAGUUUGAAUGAGAACGUAUCUAGUGGUAGCCCUUCUAGCCAGACAGUGGUGCUGGAUUCCUCCGACAAGGUAUUUUCCGAGAUUCGUGAUAAAAACUUCGUCACAGUUGGUUCCAUAUUGUACCAAAAAUCUGUUUGGGUAAAAAAUCAUUACGAAAGGCGGAAAGAGGUGCGACAACUUAAAGAGCUAAAAGAGUUCAUGAAGGGCUUGCCAGAAAUGCAGGAAUAUCAUCGCAUGAUUAGUCAGCAUACUGUUAUCGCAUCUGAAAUAGGUAAAAUAACGCAAGGCUUGGAGUUUCGCAAAAGAAUACAGGUAGAACAAUAUAUCAUUCAACAGAUGAAUGAUAAAGAAGUGUUUGAAUUUAUUGAGGAUAUGAUCAACCGAAAGGAAUCCUUUUCAUAUGUAUUGCGUAUUCUUUCUUUGUACUCUCUUGUGAAUGGAGGACUGAGAAGCAAGGAGUAUGAUUUCUUCAAGGAAUCCUUGAUGCUUUCUAACGGCAUCCCUCAGGUUAUGAACGCCUUUUCCACCUUAGAAUCGUGUGGUGCUUUAACAAAGUACGAAGGUAAGACUAAUUAUCCGUUGCUUAGAAAGAAAUUUCGGACGUGGAAUGCUUCUCUAAAAGAGCAGCAGCCGGAUGAUAUUGCCUAUGCCUACAGUGGAUAUUCUUCCUUACUUAUAAGAUUAUUCGAAAAGCUUCUAUUAUCUGUUCAAUCUGAGAGCACCGUUGAUAAUAUUUUGAACUUGAUCCCGGGUGAGAAGUCAGAAAUCCGGAAUGCAGUGGAAGUAGUAGGUGACCCGCGAGCAAUAAUGUUUUUUGUUAUUGGAGGUCUUACAGCUGCUGAGUUGAGCUCUUUACGGUUUAUUCAAACCCAGAUGUCGAACGCUGGGAAGUAUCGGCGCAUUAUAAUUGUCACAACGGAUAUUUGCAGUGGUAAGCGUCUGCUAGCAUCUAUUAUUCCAUUUGAUUUGGAAACUUAA